UCUAGAGGGCAGUACAUUGUGUUUGUGCUGCUCACCGUACUUCCGUUGUCAGUAAGUGAUGAAGAAGUCAGGUGGAUUUCGGAAUUGUCGAUAGAAGACCUUGACAUUUCCUCAACAAAUGAGUUCGCCAUGGUGCUGCGACGCCUCUUGUAUGCGUUGAUUAACAACGCACAACUGGUGGAGAAACUGUCCGAGUCUCGACCCAUCCGACGGGCGGCUCAGAUCACGGCCUUUGCCAUUACCAAGGCCCAAAUUGCAGGGAAAGAUGCCACGAACAAGUUAAUGAAGUCAGACACACUACGGCAAAUUAAAGAAGAAACGGGGAGAGUACCAAGGGAUGUUGGAGAGAUGGGACGGAGAGCAGGGCGCAUUCGAGACAGCUUCAUGAAGGAAGUGAAGGAAGGAAUGAGAGAUGCGUCCAGACAAAUAAAAGACAGAGACAAAUGACAAUGCCAAUCUCGGCAAUGGGCUAUAGCUCAGGAAGCGGUUAUUUUUAUGAGAAAUCACCUUUGUUACUGUUGCCAGCUGUAGGCUACUGUCAUUAUACCACAAGUGGACUUUUGUCAAAUUGACGUUUUGUGAAUAUGGAUCGGAUAACUAAUAAACUAUCUGAAAUAGACAGUCACGAA